AUGGCUGUGGCAGAGGGCGGAUGGUGGGCUCUGGUUACUGGGAGGCUGAUAUAUCCCAAGUGCUACUGCUCGACCUUCAACAACGUACCGCUGCAACAUCUUCGAUAUGACAACCUACCCUUGGGACUAUAUCUGCGCCAUCUCGAAGCAAGACCCAGACAUGAUGGGAAGCUAUUUGGCAUCCCAGCUGCCCUGAGCAGAGGCUGGGUGACAUCGAACUACCAAGACUUCAACGACCUGGUAGCCUACAUCAGCGAUGGUCAAAAUAUGGUUACUCAAUUGCUAACUGUCUACAGCAAUCGAGGCAUUUGGCGCCUUAUUAACAUGGAACGGUAUCUCUCGAGUUUACCACUGUUUUACAUCAGUCAGUGCUACGCAUUACUCGCCCCAGAGCGCACGUCUGUUAUGCGCAAGGUGCACGCUCUUGAGAGACAGGAUCUCAUCGAAGAGAUACGCAUUGCUUGCACGGCAAGCGACAUGCUUUUUUUUUCAACAUUGCAAGCCGCCCAGCGCUUCUACAGCUCAUGGGACCACCUACUUCAAACCGAAACAUCAGGCCAACAUGCCUGUAUUCAUCCGGGAGCGCUCAACACCGUUGGCAAGUUUGAUGUUGGGACCGAGAUCAAGAAAGUUAUUUGUACAAAUAGCUUGGGAUCUCACAAUGCUCUCAAAGCCAUCGUAUCCCAAUGGCCCAUGUUCACUCAACAGGACAACAAGACAUGGCACUGCUUAUCUCCCUUGUUGAUUUCAAGAUUUACAGACAAACAUCUCUCUGUCAAACCUUUGCUUGUGUCAAUCGACUCUGUUCGUGGGCGUCCCCGCAACAAGACACGAUUUCCAACGCCAAUCAAAGCGGCGCACCUCUGGGUGCCCAUGUUGGUAUCCUGUCUUGGAUUACCGAUCUUUCGGACUAUCCAGAGGCUGAACGAAGGAUGGAAAACAAGCCGCCAAUUGCUCGAUCAAAACACUGGGAUCAUCGCCAAUCUUGAACGACGCAUGAAGUUGAGGACGAUCCUACCUUGGAACAUGUUGAACACGAAUUUCACGUCGACGAUUCCCUUCUCUACAGCGGACAAUGCCGCACUCACCUCCGAGGAAUAUCACUACCUGCAGGGCUGGAUCAGCACGGACAGCGCCCUGUCUAAUCUGGAGGAGGCGAGUAGGCUUACGCACGUGUGCUGCGGUCGGGAAGACGUUGUUGAGACCAUCAUGGGCGUAUGGCAUUGCGUCGAUAGAGCACUUGACCACGACGGGUCAGUCGUCGGGAUAAUUGGUUCGGCUUCCGACUUUGCUAAAGUACUGGGUUUCUUGGCUUCACACCUCUUCACGGCAAGAUGUCAUCGACAGGUUCGACACAGCAACUUGGCAUGUCGCCGCGGUCUCCGAAGCACCAAGGCCAAACUCGCGAUGGCGACUGGUGACCUUCGACACUGCAAGAUCAUCAAACCCCUCGCAAUCCUUGAUAAAGGUCCACCCUCGAUGCAGAAGAAGGAAGCCCGAGCUAAAGAGAAGAAGAAGGUGUAUCAGUCUGACGGCGAAGAAUCAGAUGACAUUGAUGAGUCGAAUGACGACAAUGAGAUGGCCACUUCACCCAAAGGCCCAGGCAUACUACCGCCACCAGGUGAAGCAGGCUUUCCGUGA